AUGGCAAUUCUGAUAAAUGGUUCCCCUUCCAAACCGUUCAAGAUGGAGAGAGGCUUGAGACAAGGUGACCCUUUGUCCCCAUUCUUGUUUGUUCUGGUAAUGGAGGUCUUACACAAAAUGAUAGGGGAGGCAGUGAGAAAUAGACGAAUUUCGCCGCUGCUGCAUUGGACUAACAACAUGUGUAGCUUAUUGGGAUGUAAAGAAGCGAAGCUCCCAGUCCGAUAUCUUGGCAUUCCUCUAGGAGCAAACCCGAGGCUGGUAAAGACAUGGAAGCCGAUAAUAGACAAGGUUGAGGAAAAGCUGAGUUUGUGGAAGGCUAAGGUGCUAAAUAAAGCGGGUAAGCUAGUCCUUAUUAAGUCUGUGUUGAAUAGCUUGCCAGUGUACUAUCUGAGCCUGUAUAAGAUGCCGAAGGCCGUGGCAGAAAAGUUGAUAUCAUUGCAGAGAAGAUUCUUAUGGAGUAAGGAGGAAGAUAGAAAUGGGAUAGCUCUAGUCAAGUGGGAGGUGGUUUAG